AUGGUAGAAUCGAGUGUAAAAUAGGUGAAGAUAGCAAUAAUAGGGGGUUCAGGUGCAACAGGCAGGGAAAUUAUCAGAUGCGCAAAGCAAGAUCCCAGAGUCAAAGAAAUAUCUGUGAUUGUCAGAAGAAGGUUAGAAGAAUGGAAGUAGGAGGAUUACUUGCCAGAAUUGAAGAUUAUUCAAAGAGACAACCUUGAUAACUUAGAUGAGCUUCAGGAAUAGCUCCAGGGGUAUGAAAUCUUUAUCAGUUGUCUAGGGGCAAGAAUAAAGGUCGGAUAAUAGGAAUGGAUCAAGGUUGAAAAAGAAAUACCAGCUGCUUUCUCUGUUCUUGCCAAAAAAUGUGGGGCAAAAUAUUUCUCUUAUCUAUCUGGGAAUCUGGUAAACAAAAACUCUAGAUAUUAUGCAAUGAGAGCAAAGGGAGAGGCAGAAGUACAUAUUGAAUAGCAGCAAAUUCCAAUCUCAGCUAUGUUUAGACCAGGAACAUUAGUAAAUAGAGACAAUGAUUUCAGAUGGGUUGAAUGGAUUCUUGCUAAACUUCCAGGACCUAAGAUAGAGAAUGCUUUGCUUGGAUAUGCGAUGUAUCAUCAUUCUGUAGCAGAAACUUUAAAAGUUAAGGCUAAGUAAUGCGAAUAAUUGAAUGAAGAAAUCAAGCCAAAUCAUAUUGCUAUUGAAAAUGAAGAUAUCAAGGCUUUUGCGAAAUUAACCAAAGAGGGAAUCAUUUGA